ACCAACUUAUUUUAUGAUAUAUUUUUCAGUGUUUUCAGGCUUAAUUACACUUGCACUAAUACUGCUUCGAAAUGUUUGGAACGGUAAUUCCCAGCUUAAUCAAACUAUCCUUGGUUUCACUUAUUUUGUGUACUACGGUGACUGACAGUCAGCCCAAUGCCGCCGGCAUGUCUCAGCAAGUGCCUGCCGACAAUAAUGCCAGAGCGGUCGCCAGUCAGGUAACGGGACUGGUGCAAACUGCCUUAGGCGGCACACUGCAACAGUUCGUUCCAGUGUCUUAUCGCGCACAAGCCAUACAAGGUGGAGUAAAUUAUUUCAUUAAGGCGUACGUGCAAACGACAACUCUGGGAGGACAGUAUGUGCAUAUGCGCGUGCAAAACAAAAACGGUCAGACCACAUUAGCGGGAAUGGAGCUGAAUCGGCGAGCAGAAGAUGCUAUUACAUACAUCUACAUGCGAAUAUGUCCUACAGAUACAACGACUGGCUGAAAAGUAAAAAACAUGCCGAUAGAGAAGUAAUUAUGUUGCACGCCAGCUGACAACAUCGGGUGCUAAAGUUGUCUAUUAACCGUUAAUGUGAACUUAUUAAGGAAGCGCUUUUUUAGGCGAUCGCUACGAAACACGAAUCGACAGCGUACACUGACAGCACGGAAGUUGUGCGCAGCAAGAUGUACACUGCGAUAAUUUAUUCACUCAUGUUUACAAAAUAGUUUUUAAAUCACGCAUUAAAUACCUAGUUCUUGUUUACGUCGUUAUUGAGAAAAUCAUGAUGUCGAAACACGAUAGUCAUAUUUAACACUGCUAACCUGGUAAAUUUGGCAUUUGAGCGCGUUAACACGAGCAACUGCAGAGCGCUGCAAAAUCUUCAAAAUACGUAUAAGUGAUGCCGCUAUUGCAUAUCAGCAGAGAUAUACCGCUUUGAAUCUGUCAAGACUAAACUAUAGUAAAUAUAAAGUGCUAUGUAAAAACAAAUUGCUAAAAAUAAAGCGAAUCUUUAAUCGUGUUCUCAUAUGUACGGUUGACAAGAGACUUAUUGAACUGAGAAAAUGUUCGGAGAUUAUCACUGACUGGAUUUUAUUUUAAUUCAGUAUAUUGUGCAACCGUCAAUUCAGGACAAAAGUGGCGUAAAAGAAUCUUGCCGGUAAUUGAAUACAAGUUCAAUAAUUUAUCACGAUCAUUAUUAGUCAUGACUAUGCUUCGCGAACCACAAGAAAACAAUAAAAUAUAAUAUAUAAAGAGGAACAUCGGUAUUGUUGUGGAGGUCAAGGGAAAAUACAUGCCUGCCACAAUAUCUUAAAAUCCGUUGGAGAACGAACUAGAACUGGCGGCAUUCCACGCAUUGGAUCCUGGUCCAUCGGCACCGGCAUUGCCGAAUGCCGACCCACUGGCACCCCACGGAUUGCUAUUGGUGAAGGCAUUAUUAUUAGUGAAAGCAUUCCCGAACAUGGUAUUGGCCCCGCCCAGUGCGCCAGCUUGUGACCCGGCGGAGUUGAAUCCGUUAAACCCGUUGAAUCCCGAAUUAAAAUCAAAAGCCUGGCGUUUCUUGCGGCCGGUGAAGGAAUUCGAUGUCGCCGCGUUCCAGAUAUUCACACCGUAACCGCUACCCCGGGCGUUGCCCAUCCCCAUCCCGCUGGCGCCCCACGGGCUGCUGAAGGUGUUGGCCAAAUUGUUGGUCUCCACGUUGCCGAACAUAGCACUGCCACCGCCCAGGGAGUUGGCUUGGGCGCCCGAUCCGAAACCGAACCCACCAGGAAAUCCCCAGGCCUGGCGUUUGCGGCGGAAGAAUCCCUGGUUGCGCUCAAACAUGGAGCCGCCUCGGCGUCCGGAACUGGUCUGACCGCCGGCCUGGGCGGCACCGCUAGCGCUGGGCCCGAUGCCGGAUGCGGUGUUGGCGCUGAGGGCGUUGGAGCUGGUCCGGCCGCGACCGGCUUGGUGGUUGGCCGUGUUGAUGCUGGUAGCCGUUCCCUGGAGGGCGGACGCCUGUCCGGCGCCCGCUGCAUUACCGCCGGCAUUGUCGAAGCGCUCGUGGAAUUUCUGCGAGCGCAUAUUGUUAAA